AACUAUACAACAACUAUAGAUGGUUCUUUUUAUGAAGCUCCCUUCUUUUUCUUCUUAUCUUCUUGUUUUCUUGCUGUUCCGUUUCAUAUUAUUAUUUGCUGUUGUGUGUAAGACAAGGGCAGUGGUGAAACUGCCCCCAAAUGUUUCAGUUCCAGCAGUGCUUGUGUUUGGAGAUUCGAUCAUGGAUACGGGAAACAAUAACAACAACUUGGCAACACCUGCUCGGUGCAAUUUCCCACCGUAUGGGAAAGAUUUUAAGGGAGGGAUGCCAACUGGAAGAUUUAGCAACGGAAAGGUUCCAUCGGAUCUUAUUGUUGAAGAAUUAGGCAUUAAAGAGUUUCUGCCACCAUACUUGGAUCCUAAUCUCCAACCAAGUGAUUUGGCCACCGGUGUGUGCUUUGCAUCUGGUGGCGCCGGAUACGAUCCUCUGACAUCACAAACAUCGUCAGUUAUAUCAUUAUCUGGUCAAGUAGACUUGUUCAAAGAAUACAUAGGGAAGUUACGAGGACUCUUUGGAGAAGACAGAACAAACUUCAUAUUAGGCAACAGUCUUUUUAUUGUGGUAUUUGGCAGCAAUGACAUUUCCAACACAUACUUUCUAUCCCGUGUUAGACAACUGCAAUAUGAUUUUCCACCAUAUGCUGAUCUCAUGGUCAAUUCAGCUUCUAAUUUCAUGAAGGAAAUAUAUGAACUAGGGGCACGGAGGAUUGCAGUAUUCAGUGUGCCGCCAAUUGGGUGUUUGCCAUUUCAGAGAACGGCGGCAGGAGGAAAAGAUAGAAAAAUUGUAGUCAAGUAUAACGACGCAGUUCAGUUAUUUAACAGCAAAUUGUCGAAGGAGCUGGAUUCUCUUAAUCAGAACUUUCCAAAUGCCAGAAUGGUCUACAUUGAUGUUUUCAAUCCUCUCCUUGACAUCGUUGUCAACCAUAAAAAAUAUGGCUAUAAUAUUGAAAACAGGGGUUGCUGUGGCACGGGUACAAUCGAGGUUGUGUUGUUAUGCAACCGUUUCGUUCCCUUGUGUGCCAAUGAUUUGGAUUAUGUGUUUUGGGACAGUUUUCACCCUACUGAAAGCGUUUAUAGAAAGCUCAUAGCUCCUAUUUUAGCAAAAUAUUUGAGAAAAUUCUUGUGAAUUAUAUUUACAAUAUAAUCAAUUGUGUAUACAAAAUAAAGCAUGUAUUAAGUUUGAAAUCUUAUAUAUAUAAUUUAUGUAUGGUAAGCCAAGACCAGUCGGUCACUUGUUUUGG